UCACUCUCCCGUUUCCCGUCUCACUGCAGCAUUCUUGUCCUUUAUACUACUGCACAAUUCAGGCUUCGUGAAUCGUUUCUCUCACUGGCAAUAGCGCGGGGACUGUAUUUGUUGUCCAUCCAGCUUCGCAAGUCGGGAUUAAGUGUUUGUCGCCAUCACUACUGAUCGAUGUGUUUUUGUUGAGAAGGAGUAGCGAGAAUGGACGUUAAGGGUCGUGCAGUGGUGGAUGUAUGAUAGGUGCGGCAAAUCAGAGAGGAGCAGCAGGAAUAGGAGAGGCUACUGCGUAUGCCUGAAUUCUGAUACAAAUCCUAGCGAGCGUAUCAGUUGAGCGAAUUGAGUUGGACAACGGGGGAGUUGCGGAACACGCUACGAGUUAGGCAUGGUCAAUUGAGACGCCGGAACUCGGCAUUCAGCAUUCCUCAUCCGUGAGAACUACUAUUGCACGUCUUCGCCACACGCAGGUUGAAUUUGAUUAUAUUCGUGCUUGUCGCAGACACUUUCUGAAGGUUGACACGCCUACUUUAUCCUAUCCUGAUUUUCAAAGAUAUCUGUAAGGCUUGCUAUUUUAAUAGUGAGAAGUCAAAGGUUAAGGUUUUUCAUUUUGUAACCAUAUUUUGUACGCAGAAUAUAUAUAUAUAUAUAUAUAUAUAUAUAUAAAUGUGUGUGUCAGCGAAGCACUUUCAAGCAAUGAACUCUCUAGGGGCUGGAGUAGGAGAAUUUAGACGUGAAGUUUCCAGAGAGGACAUCGCUACGCUUCUUGUCGUAGCUCGGCGUAAUUUGAAUGAAGGAAAUCCGGGAGGUGCCUUACAAGCAGUCGUUGCGGCCCUGCGCAGUGUAGGCGGGGAACAAGCAGUUACUACAGCAUUGCGAAGGGCUCGGGAAGUAUACGAGAAUAACGUUCGGAUUAACGAAGCUACGGACGAACUCACAACAUUAUUCGCCCAAUGUGCCAUUGCUACACUUCCUCCGAAUAGGACUUCAGACGCACCAGAGCCUAUGGCAGUAGAAACGACGUUGCAAGAGCGAAUAAUGCUUAGCAGUUUUGAUGUUGUUAGAAGUUCCAUUCUGGCCGAAAGUGGCAGGGAACAGGUGGUUUAUGAUGCUUCGGCUGAUGGCAGUAGCUUCUUGUGUCAACAGUGUGGUGGAGUUGUUAGCAAUUCACGGAGAGAUGAGCAUCUUUCUUAUUGGUGUUCUACUGCUUUUCGAAAUUGAAGUGUACUAGUGUUCAGCAACGAUAGGAAAAUUUUGAAGAUGUUUGAUGUUGGGGUGAGUAAGAAAGUGCGCAGGUGAAGCACAUAACGAUCAAUCAAAAAAACAAACUUUGGAUAGAUUUAGGUAGUUGAUGUAGUAUUUAGAGAACAUAAUUAAUAGAAAGCUGAGGAUUUCGACAAAUUCCUCUAUAUUGAAGAAUGCAAACUGCAACAGCUGCUCACCACAUUGUACAUCAUUACAAAUAUGGAUGAAAGCUGACAGAAGCGCUCUGCAAAUAUGAUCUUCGUCGUUGUUGGAAUUA